AUGCCAUCUCCCCUCGCAGAUCCGGUCAAGCUGCCAUGUGGACUUGUUUUGCCGAAUAGGCUGAGCAAGGCCGCAAUGGCUGAGAUGAUAGCCAAAACCAACCAGCCCACAACCACCCUGGCUGAUGCCUAUGAGCAAUGGGCAGAUGGCGGAUGGGGAAGUAUUCUUACAGGAAACGUCCAAGUCGACGUAAACCACCUAGGCAGCCCCUACGACCCAGCCCUGCACAAUGAAUACAAAGACAGCAAAACAAACAGCGCCCUAGUCGCCCAAUGGAAGAAAUACGCCGACACAUGCCAAAAACAUGGCACGCCAACCAUAGCCCAGAUCUGCCACCCAGGCCGACAGUCCUUCCGCGUCGCAGGCCACCGCGGCAUCUUCGCCCAGACCCUUGCGCCCAGCGCUGUGCGCGUCAAGGUUGGGGAUAGCUACUUCCAGAGACUGGUUGGGUGUUUGGUUUGGAGUGAACCCAAGGAAAUGACGACUCAGGAUGUUGAGAGGGUUAUUGGGCAGUUUGUUGAUACUGCGAGGCUGAUGGCUGAUGCGGGUUUUUCGGGAAUUGAGCUGCAUGGAGCACAUGGGUAUUUGAUUGAUCAGUUCCUCAGCGGAAAGACAAACCUCCGCACAGAUGCGUACGGCGGCACCCCCGAAAAGCGCGCGCGCUUCCUCCUAGAAAUCCUCUCCCAAACACGCGCAGUUGUACCGUCAACCUUCGCAAUCGGCAUAAAGCUAAACUCCGCCGACCACAGCUCAGCAACCUUCGAAGAAACAAUGACGCAAAUCGCACUCAUCGCCGAAGCCGGUAUCGACUUCAUGGAAAUCUCCGGCGGGUCCUACGAAGACCCAAAGAUGAUGGGCUACGGCAAAGUGAAUGCAGACGCAGCGCCGAAAUCCUCACGCACCGCAGCACGCGAGGCCUUCUUCCUCGAGUUCUCAAAGGAGGUGCGCCAGCGUCAUCCUGAGCUUGUGCUUAUGUUAACUGGUGGGUUCCGUACGCGUGCUGGCGCUGAGGCGGCUAUUAGGGAUAAUGCUUGUGAUCUUGUUGGGAUUGGGAGGCCUGCAGCUAUUGAUCCGAGGUUCCCGCUUUUGUUGCUUGAUGAGAGUGUUGCGGAUGAGGAGGCGCGGUUGUUGUUGAAUAAGGUGCCUGUGCCGUGGUACACGAGGUUCUUGCCGUUGAAUCUUAUUGGGGCUGGGGCUGAGAGUACGUACUACUCUGUCCAGAUUCAGAGACUCGCAAAGGGGAUUGCUGCUGUCGCGCCUUCUUGGUAA